AUCAUGUCUCGAUAACUCUUAUGUCAACUUCCGUUACGCCCUUCCUUCCUUGUUGACAGUGACACGACCUCGUCUGGUGGACACAUCACAGUUUUCAAAUUCCAGCCCUGAUGCCAGCCCGUGGGUGAUACGGUUGACAAGUGAAGAAACGGAACAGUUUAACUGCCCAUCCCAGCAUUUCCUGUGGUUUAUAACCUUUUGGUCAGAGUCAAACUGUAUUGAUGGUCUACACAAUGGGAGACAGGAAUCUCUACUCCAAACUGAUGGUGGAUGUCGUGAUUGGGCCCACAUUAGAUAAGUUGGAGAAGAAGGACAUAUCUGCUGCACAGACGCUCCGCAGAGCAAUCACAAAGGCAGAGUCAACGAUUCCAGGUCUCACAUAUGAUCUUGUUCGAGGUCUCUUGAAGAAAGGGGAAGUCUCUGACCGGCUGGACAUGUGUGAGACCCUGCUGAGACUGGGCGGAACCACAGAUGCUGAAGAGCUACGUAUCCCUCGCACGGAACCGUCUUUCAAGACUCUGUACAAGUGUGCCUGUGACUUGAAGCUUAUACUCAGUCGCAUCCCCGAUCAAAUCUACGACAGGAAACAGUUUUUAGAGACCAUCAAAUCUUAGAAGAAAGGAAAAAAGAAUUUGUUCGUUACUCCAAGAAAUUCAGCAACACCUUGAAGGAGUACUUCCGAGAUACCAAUCAGAACCAAAACGUUUUUCUGAGUGCAAACUUCCUGAUCUACCAGACCAACCUGAUCCUGAAGACCGUCAAGCAGGAAUGUUGUUGAUCUCCCCACCACCACCACCACCACCUCCUCCUCCUGCUCCACUGUCGUCCACCUCAUCAGAUGCAUCGCUAAAUGCUUUCCUGGCAAACUAUACACUUAAUUAAGAUUAUAUGUGAAACAUAUAUAUAUAUGAAGACCACAAUGGGAAAAAUAAUCAAUGUACAAACUCCAAAUAAUUGAUGGAAUUAUUGCCUGUAGCAUUUGGGCCAAAUUCUCAGUGUACUGUAGACUGUAUGUCUUGAGUCUACUCUCAGCCCUUGAAACUGGGAACUUUAAAAAAAAAACACAUUGCACCCUGAGGGCCUGGACGGGAAGUCCAUUGUUAGAUCCUUAGCAAGGGGAAAGA